AUGGGUCUGGCAACGCUCUCGUAUUACUCGCUCACUCGAUAUGCUUGUCUGCAGGUCAACACAUGCCACCAUGGGUAUCCACGGAUCGACCAGAUACAACUUUACCUGAGCGCGAAACGAGCUGCGCCGCAUAUCAGACGCUCGGGAUCGGCUGUCAUCGGCGAAAAUUCCGUCCUCAACCCCAUGCCACCUACUGUUGCCAACCACCCCGAUGCGCAGAGACUCACUUUGGAGAAAACGGCUUUGGAAAGGCGACUUCACUGA